AGUUAUUUGCCUAGCAAUCGAGACUUUCUCCGUCCAGAGCUGCAGUGAGAGCCAUUGACAAAAGAAGACGGAGAAGGAGAGGGAGGAAUAUUUUACAGGAGGACCACAUCUCUCUCAUGCACUCAAUCACCUGGACGCUGUACAGCAGCAGCCAGACGUUCAUUCAUCAGAGACUCUCUGCCCGAUAGCGAAUAUAAUCAAACACUUAGGAGGACAUGAAGACUGGCAAGAAAUCCUUCAUAGCUUUCAUCAAGGAGAGAAAAAUGGGGUUGAAUGACUUCAUCCAGAAGCUGGUGUCUACCCCACAUAUCUGCCAACAUGUUGAAGUCAACAACUUCCUGAAGAUUGAUGAGAAUCAAAAUGAGGAGGAUGGAAAUGAUCAACUUCCUGAAAGUCUGAUGUACCUAAAUUCGCGAAGUUCACUGGCUGAGGACACUCAGAUCAAACCCUGUGAUUUUGACUACCUCAAAAUCAUCGGCAAAGGCAGCUUUGGAAAGGUUCUGCUGGCUCGACACAAGGAGUCUGCCAAAUACUACGCUGUCAAAGUGCUACAGAAAAAAAUCAUCAUGAAGAAGAAAGAGCAAAAGCAUAUCAUGGCUGAGCGCAGUGUGCUGAUGAAGAACAUCAAGCAUCCCUUCCUGGUGGGGCUGCACUACUCCUUCCAGACCACUGACAAGCUGUACUUUGUGCUUGACUAUGUCAACGGUGGAGAGCUGUUCUACCAUCUCCAGAGAGAGCGGAUCUUCCUGGAGCCCAGAGCCAGGUUCUACGCUGCUGAAAUUGCAAGUGCACUUGGCUACCUCCACUCCCUGCACAUUGUGUACAGGGACCUGAAGCCUGAGAACAUCCUGUUAGACUCACAGGGUCACAUAGUCCUCACAGACUUUGGCCUCUGCAAAGAAGGCCUUGAGGCCAACGGUACAACAACAACCUUCUGCGGGACACCAGAGUACUUGGCCCCUGAGGUUCUCCAGAAGCAGGCGUACGACCGCACAGUUGACUGGUGGUGUCUGGGAUCAGUGCUCUACGAGAUGCUCUAUGGACUGCCCCCGUUCUACAGUCGCAACACAGCUGAGAUGUAUAACAACAUCCUGCACAAGGCUCCUGUGCUCAAGCCCAAUGUGUCAAAUGCAGGCAGGGAGCUGCUCGAGGGGCUCCUGCAGAAGGACCGCACCAAGAGGCUGGGAGUGAAGGAUGAUUUUCUUGAACUCAAGUACCAUUCCUUCUUCUCUCCAAUCAACUGGGAGGACCUGAUGGCGAAGAAGAUCACGCCUCCAUUCGUCCCUACAGUGACUGGCCCCACAGACCUCCGACACUUUGACCCCGAGUUCACCCACCUGCCCGUGUCCUCCUCUCUGUGCAACGACACCCUGACUGUGACCAGCAGCGUCAAGGAAGCAGCCGGAGCUUUUCCAGGCUUCUCUUACGGGCCUCCAGCAGAACACUCCUUCAUGUGAACGCCAGCAUCUCGGGAGGGAGCUCACAACAAACAGGACACAAGCUCUGGGUUGAGAGUCUUACUUUGACAGAGGGACCACACUGGAGCAGCCUGUUUGGGGAGACAUUACAGAGCCUGAUUAGAGGAUCUAACUGACAGAAAGGACAUGAAUUCCGGGGGGGGGGGGGGGGGGGUAGAUCUUGAAGGAUCUUGUGCAUAAAAAGUGUACAGAUGGGGACUCUCAUGUUACCACACCACUGGCCCUACUCUUCUGCCUCAACCAUCUGAUACUACAUUACAUGUGCCAACGGUGGAUGCACUCUGGGGUCAUAAAACAUCACUGUCACAGCUACUGGUGAAGUGACAUGAAGAGAAGUGCCUGAGGUUCGAAAGGCAGUUUGGACGGGAAGAGCUGGCUUUAUCAAAAAACCACAAAACCCUUUCACCUGUUUGGACAUUUGACCAGGGCGCUAGCCGUUAAGGUGGAUGCCUUCUUCAGAUGUAUGUUAAAACUGUUCUUGUUUCAAAGUUCACAACGCAUUGUUAUUUUCAUGUGAAUGCUCAAUUGCACUUGAGGAAACAAGGGUCAAGAAAAGUUCCGCUUUAACCACACAUCUGUGUAUCUUUCAUCUUUUUAUUUCAUAUCUCUGCUUGGGACGAAGAAAUAACAGCAUUUCGAUAUUUUACACUAAUAUCUGGACCAAACAGUUAACUGUGGUAUGCUUUAACACAAACACUUUUUUUGACCAGCUUGUCCUCAUCAACUGAAGAUCAAAGUUUUACCGUACUGUGUAGAAGAAAAAAGUUACAUAUAUUUUACUGCAAAACCAAAAGGUUUUCUGUGUUUUAAUAACUACAAACAUUCACUCUUUACUUUUAAGGCAGUUCUGCAUAUAUUAUAAAUAAGUUAUAAAUGUCUAGAUUAAUAUUAUAUAUUUCCUGUAUAGCAAUACAUUUUAUUUUUUCCAAUUUAUUUUUCAUUUACAACCAGUUACUGUGUUUAUCUAUAUCUGCUGUUUAUGAAGGACGUUUCUCUUUGAUCAGGAGAGUGCGAUACAGAGUUCAACCAGCAAUAACAGGCCCACAUCAAUGAUAGCACAUACUGUAUAUCAAACUCCUUUUAAAAUUUAAGUGAUUGCUGUUUUAUUGCAAACACUCCAGAUGAAAAAUCUAAUGAUAUUAAUGUUUUUGUAUUUAUGCAUCAUGUAGAGAAGAACUGUGAAUGUCUUGUGCCUGUCCAGGGCGGCCUGAUCCAUAUUUACUGUAUGUUCAUAUCUCUUUUCCCUGAACCUCUCGGUCCCUUUCUGGAAAGUAAUCUGUAUAAAAGAAAGUGCUUCAUUAACUUGAAGAAAGAACCACCAGGUGGAGCAGGCGCUGGCUUUUCACUUACAGUGUUAAGCCACUGGCCUACUGCGUAACAUGGUUCUGGAAAGUGCAAUAAAAUUGUGUUAACUCAGAAAGAA